AUUCGCCUUAAGUAUAUUUUUUAUCCUUAAUUUAAAACGUGAAUAAAUAUUUUUCUAGUAUCGCGAAACUUAUACGUUGAUUAACAUCUUUGUAAUACAAUAUUCUAUUAAUUUAAUCAAUUACUGUUUAAUAAUACAUAACAAGGAUCGAUGAUAAAAUUCAUCGGUUUUAAUUGAAGCAUUCUAUUCAGUGCUGAGGCAAGAAUGAGAUACCUCCUUAUUCUACUAGCAAAGUUUUACUCUUAGCAAUAACCUUUGUAAACUAUGUGGACCGAUUUUAUCAAUUUUAUUCUGAAUAAUUAAUAUUUAUUGCAUAAAACUGAUUAUAAAUUGCUGCAAAGUAUCAGGGAUAACAUUACCGGUAAAAUGGCAUCAUCACUAUCAGCAUAUUGGGUGAAAUUUUUUAAAGGUGCAGGAUUUCCUCAAGAUGUAGCCACAAAACAUGCAGUUGUAUUUUCUAAUAAUCGUAUUAAACCAGACAUGUUGCCAGAUUUAGAUAAACCUAGCCUCAAAGAAAUGGGAAUAACGCUAAUGGGAGAUAUGAUUGCUAUUUUAAGGUAUGCAAAAAAGGUUGUUGAAGAAACAACCUGUGAAAAAUUCCUUGUUGAUACUGAAGAUACCCUUGGAAUACCUAAACCGAUGGUUAAAAAGGUUGUGUCUAAAGCAUCUACAAAAGCAGUGACUUCUAAAAUUAAACCUGAUACUGUAACUACAAAAAAGAUCCUGAAAGUUCCCAGUACUUCGAUUAAAAAACCCACAUCCGUUAAGAAACCAGCAUCUGUAUCAGCUGAAAUAAUUACAAAUCUUAAUAAUCAAAAGAAACAAACGAUUCUUAAAAGAAAAUUAGAAGAUGAAGAUGAAGAUGAAUUUGAUAACAAUGAACAUAAAUGGAAUGAAACAGCUAAGAAGGUAAAGUCUCUGGAUAAUAAAGAUGAUGCUGUAGAAUACACUGUGAUACUUCCAAAAGGAACAACACCUCGAAGUCAACAAAUUUUAAAAAAGUCUAUAGAACAAAAACGAACUGUAUUUGAUAGGUUGGGUGAUAGUUCUGUAACUAGCACUACAAAUCCAGGCGAAACGUCACCGACGUUUAACAUAACCGGGCUAGGAAAAGAUGUCUUUAAAAGAUCUGUAAGUGUUUUUAACCGACUAGGAGAUAAAGAUGCUAAAAAGGAUAAUGUAACCCAGACAGGAAUAUUGAAAAAUGGUACAACCGGUACAGGAAUAUUAAAAACCAACACAAGAACUUCAAUUAUUACAACAAACAAAAUCAUACCAAAAAAUGUAGGAACGAUGCGAGCUGAUCAAGAAGCAAGUAAAAAAAGUAUGUCAAAUAACGUUGCACAAUUAGUAAAAACAACUAAAAGGAUUUCUUUUAACAAUGCAUCCUCAAAUGGUACAAGAGCAAUUACAUCUAAUGUUGUUUCUGGAAAAUUAGCCUCAGAGCGAUUAACUUCUAUACCGGCAAAGGCACGUUUAGGAGCGAUGAAAACAAAUGGUGCUAAACAAGUAACAUUUGAUAGGGUCGCGACGGUAGCUCAUGUCAAGAAACCGGAUGUUUUUAGUCGCCUUGGAAUUUGAGAAAUUAUUUACAUUAAUUAUGCCUUUCUUUAACUAAAAUAAUAUUUAUGUUUGUGAGUAAGAAUUCUUUGUACAAAGUUAAAUAUUUUAUUAUGUAAAAUGUAAAAGCAAAGAAAAUAUUAAUUAUUAAAUCAUGUUAAAAAUUAAAUACGGUCAUGCUAUUGAAGUAUUUCCGAGUAUCUCGUAGCAAAUUACAACCAGAUAUUUAUUUUUAAUUUCUUACAACAUAUUAAAUGUUAUAAAUGUGCAAUUUUGUAAUUACAACGUAUAUUAUCUUCCUUUUUUGUAUAAAAAUUAUAUUUCUAACAUUGUUUCACAACAAAUUUUUAUACAAAAUUGUUUACAAUUUUAAUAAGACGUUACAAAAUACUCAAAUCAACAAAGUGGUACAUAAUUUUUAUUCACAUAGUCUUUACCUAAUGCUACUAUAUAUUAAAAUAAUUUAUAACAAAAAUAUACAAAAAUAGUGUAUGUAUUAAAACAAGAAUAUAUCAUUAUAAUAAAAUCGUUACACUUCUUUUCCCCUGAAAACUGUAGAAACAGACUUCAACUCUUUGAAAUGUGAAUACUGAAGAAAAAUAUUUUAAAUAAUUGAGAAAAAAAAUAUUUCUGGCAUUCCAAGACCGCUUUUAACUAAUACUGUCUGAUGCGACUAUGUUUCAUGUACUAUUCAACUUCCUGAUUUGAGUUUCAAUUACUACAAUAUUCGAUCAGUGGAUGGAAUGUUCCGUAUUGGCAGGAGCAUCUUCGGGAUGUAGCUGAAAAUUCAAUCAUUGAGAACUCAAACAUUGUAUUUAAAUAGUUUCUAGUCACUUUUAGAAAUAUCUAUACAUUUAUACUCAACCUGCUUAUAACAUUAUAUAUCGAAUAUAAAAGAAGGGGGAUGAUCGUGAUUCCACUUACGCUUCCAACAAGAACUAAUUGCAAUCGCUCCAAAAUACUACGUUACAGCAUUAAACACAGCGUGUCAGGCAUGCCAGACUUCGACUAGAUAAAACAAACGAAUCGCAAUUUAUAUAAUACCAAUAUAUCUGUAUGUAAUAAUUUUAUAUUUACAUGUGAAUUUAGAAUUAGAAAUCACAAAAUGAAACCAACGCAACGCCCACCUUUUUGUUUGAUCCUUCCUAGCAAACUUCAAUGGCAACAUGGUACUAUCCUGUAAAAAGUAAAGAUUACAGUCUCAGAGAAAAGAAGUGGUACCACUUUAUAUCACAUACAAAUAACAAGAAACUUGGUAAAACUAUUCAAAUCCGACGUAAUAAAUGCUUU